AGAAUGUUUUAUAAUGAAAAUAAAUUUACAAAUAAAUUAAAUAAGGGUAAUGUAAAAAAUGCAAAGAGGCAGUGCCAGUGGCGCGUUAUGAAGUCUCGCGAGACAAAGACGAAGACAGGGCGAAAUCAAGUCGCAGACGGAAGAAGGCAAGAAAAAGAGGGAGAUCUUGACAAACUAAUAAAACCCAUUAAAAUGUCGGGACGGUCCGUGCGAGCGGAGACACGCAGCCGUGCAAAAGAUGAUAUCAAAAAAGUGAUGGCGGCAAUUGAAAGGGUCCGUCGGUGGGAAAAAAAGUGGGUUACAGUGGGAGACACGUCAUUACGGAUAUUCAAAUGGGUCCCUGUUACAGAGACUAAACAGAUAUACAAGCCUAAAGUGUCAGGUACUGCAAUGAGGGAGCUGAAGGGCUUUCCUACAGAUGUGGUGCUGGAAAACGCCCGUUCCGUGCUACUGGAUUUUCAGGAUGACAACAGUAACCAGAGUUUCCUAUCAGAUGCCUAUCAGUCUAAUACCAAAGUGGACAGCAGCAGCAACUCCAGUCCACAGCAUGUGAGUGAGGCAGUGAGCCCUUCCCAUGCAUCCUACUUCCGUACAGAGGAUUCCCAGCCGCCCACCCUGGGACAGGAGACCAUGGAUGCCGAGAGAGAUGCAUCAACAAGCAGCAGUGAGGUGACGGAUGAGCCCCCAACUCUAUUUAAAGAAGAUGUGUUGUCUCUCUCUACUCAGGAGGAAGAGGAGGUGAUUGGAGCCCCACCGCUUAAAAGAGUCUGCACUGAGCAAACCUCAACUCUCAGUUAGCACCACUACGCUGAACAUUGCAGGUCAAAAGUAUAGAAGAGUUUCUGAAAGAGACUAAGAGACUUUUUACAACCUGCCAAAUGCCUGAAUUUCACUUUUACAGUAAAUGAUCAAGAAGAAAAAAAAAAAAAAAGCUUGACAUGUUUUCUUUUUUUGUACAUUAAAAAGAUGAUCUUUUCAGGUAUUUUCUUAUGACGGUAAAGCAGUUUGUAUUGCAUCUUGAACAUAAACUGACUGUUGCAUGUUUCUCAUUCUAAAUUGAGAAAGGACUUUGACAUGUGUCUGCAUGGAGUAAUGAUUGGUAUAUACAGUAUGACAAAACAGUUGCAUUUUAAACAAUUCACUUGUUUUGUGUUUGUGGCAUUUCUAAAGAUUAUACAAAUAACUUUUAUUGGCUUGUUUUACUUCGUUUUAUCGUAAAAAAUACUUCAAUGCAUGCAUUUUAAGGCAGUGUUGAUUAACAGCCGUGUUAUCUGUUUCUUGAUUUGUUUAUUAUUGUUCAAUGUACUGCAUCCAAUUAUCAAUCUUUUUAUUGAAUAAGAAGGAAUGCUUAUAUUUUAUAAAUGGUAAGCUCACUCACAGAUUUGUAUUUUAAAUAUGAAGGCUUCCACUUUCCAUAGUAUUUGAAGUAUUUAAAAAAAAA